GUGCCCCUUCCAUACAGAUUAUUACCACUUUACCGCCCGUGCUAAGAAUAAGAUGCCAUCCGGAAAAACGUCGAGAGGCUCCAGACUCGAACAAACAAGCCCCUGCCAUGUCACUCGUUCACCCAGUCAUUCGUUAAUUCUCUUUUACCUGCCCAUUCCUGCAUUUUUUUUGGCUCCCCUCUGGCCGGAUGCUAUCCAUUCAUUCAUUCCGUCUUUAAUUUUUGCAUUGUUGUUCUCCUUUUCUGACCAGUUCCUUUUCAUUGCCACUCCUUUUUCCACUGCGUGUCGCCCUUAUUGGUACCGGGACUCCUUUAAAAAAAGGAAUCCCCCCCCCCUCCCUUUGGUUCGACCGUUCCAAUAAUUUGAUCCCAAUCUGGCUUUUGUCCCAGUUGUGAAUCAAAGCCUGAUUUUUUUCGACACUAUUUUACCUCUACAGUGACCUUUCCACCCCCUUGGCCUGUCGUCGCGAUCCUGAACAAUGAGGGCCCCCUCACUGUUUAGGCCUGCGACGGCUGGCUUGUCGGCCGCCCUCUACCUUUGGUCGCUCUUCGAACCCGCCUACGGUCUCUCGUUUAACUCGGUAUCCGAACCCGAUCUGGAUUUGACGCCCUUGGGAAAAGUCGCUCUUACCGGAGAUUUCGAUGCGGUCUCGAUCUACGCUUACACCGAACAAUCCGUGACGGCCUCUGUGCAAGAAGGGUCCCAGUCCAUCCUCACGCCGCUCCCCAAUGGAAUUAUUACGACGCUGUCGGUGGCGGAUGCUGAUAUCCGUGUGAUGUGCCCGUUCACCCUGAAAGAUGGAACGCAGAAGGGAAUUUUCCUGGGCGGCAACUUCACGAGCCUCGGAGACGUCGAGACGCAAGGCGCUGCAUUGUUCGACCCCGAAUCGAAGAAGGUGACGGCCUUACCCGGUCUCUCCGGGUCGGUGUCGGCUUUAUUGUGCGAUAAAGAGUCCGACACUGUCUACGUUGGCGGAGAUUUCAGGUACAAGAAUACGUCUCACGCCGUCGCAUGGGUUGACAAUAAGGGCUGGUCGAGUCUGUCUUUUGGCGGGUUCAAUGGACCCGUGUCCUCGAUCUUGAAGGGCGACGAUGGGAACAUCAUCUUUGGUGGCUCGUUCGAUGGCAUUGGGAACUCUACCUCCUCGAAGAAAAACGAGCAAAUUGUCAACCUCCAAAAUGCCACCAUCUCUUCGGAUGCGACCUCUUCGAAAAGCGGCCUAAGCGACCCUCGAAACAUUCUCUGUCAAACAAGCGGCGAAGAUGGCGAGGGGAAGACAUGGCUUCUCGCCGACAAUUCCCCCGGCUUCUGGCGGGCGGACAUGCGUUUUGGAUACAACCCGACCAAAAUUCGCCUUUACAACACCCAUUACGAAGGACGCGGUACGAAGUCGUUUUUGUUACGAGCUCUUCCGGAUAACGGGAUUAUGAACCUCACCUAUACCGAGCCUGGUUCCCACGAUAAGAAGUACUGCGAUUCGGUCUGCCCGCUUUCAAGCAACUCGACCGAGAAAUACCGUGAGUUUCAUUUUGUGAACGGCGUUGGAAUGCGUGGCUUCCAGAUCGAGGUCUUCGAAUGGUAUGGCGAUGGUGGUGGUCUCAAUGGGAUCCAAGUCUAUGAGGACGAUAUCUUUGCCUACGCCGUGAGCGACUUCAACGAACCGUCAUGUGCCGAUAUUAAGUAUCCAUCGAAAGCGUCCCAGAAAGGCUCUUGGACCCACACGAAAUCCGACCAGAGUCAGUCCGAUUAUUUGACCGCGAAGGUGACCGACUCUUCGGCUGAGAGCACGUCCGUGGUAUUCGAGCCCGAUAUCAAACGGUCGGGCAACUACUCGAUUGUUAUCUACACCCCCGGGUGCAUUCAGGACGGCACUUGCGACUCCCGUGGUAUCGUCAAUGUCACCGCUACCGUCUCAACCCGCUCGAAGAAUGACAAGCCAAUUGAAAAGCUCAUCUAUCAGAACAAUUACUAUGAGAAAUACGACACACUCUACACUGGCCGCGUGGAUGCCAGCGACAGCUCGUUCCGCCCCAGUGUAACGUUGACGCCGAAGUCUGGCCAGGGAGAUCUCACGGUUGUUGCAUCCCGGGUCAGGUUUAACCUGAUCCAUGCUUCUGGUAGUCUGAACGGAGAGUUGAAUGGACUUUACGACUUUGACCCUGAGUCGAAGGAUACCAACUCCAACUUCACCGACUACGCUGUCAAUCGAGCGGGCCUGAGCUUGGACGAGGACGCCUCAAUCAAGAGCUUGGUCAGCCAUGACAACGCCGUCUACGUCGGCGGAAACUUCUCCAGUUCUGAUGUCGACAAUGUAAUGUUUUUCGAGAAGAACAAGAAUGCCACAUCACUGCCCCAGGGCGGCUUGAAUUCGGAGGUGACUUCGAUGACGGCCCUCGACAAGAUUCUCUACGUUGGAGGAAACUUCACUGAUACGGCGGAUGGCGGCAACGAGCAUCUCAAACAUGUUGCAGCUUACUCCUUUGGCUCCAAGUCUUGGUCAGCUCUAGGGGGCGGUGUCAACGGCCCAGUCUCGCAGGUUCUUGCCCUUACUCUGAACGUAUCCUCCGAAAUCAACGAGACUAUUAUUGGCGUCAGCGGAGAUUUCGAUCAAUUACUUGCGUUCGACAAGACUCCUUCGACGAAUGUAUCUGGCUUUGCAGUAUGGGUGCCCUCGCGAAAGAAUUGGCUGCAAAAUCUUGAUGUCAACCAGAUGGAAUUUGCCGGUCAACUGUCGGCUUUUGCAAGGGUGGAUAACACGAGUCUUCUUGCUGGUAAUCUUGCUUCGGCAGGCAUUGCAGCCGCAGGUGCCGUGUCUCUACUUUAUGAUGACGGCCUUGAUUUGGAUCCUCUGCUUUCCAGCACCAACUCUAGUGGCAGCACGCAUACCGGCAUUUACGACUCCAGCUCUGACCGUAACCUCACGAUUUUGGGAGGUCACUUCACCACGAUGUCCAAUAAUGGAUCUGAAGUCGAAAAUAUCGCCAUCCUUGAUGGCACUCAGGGUACUAUUUAUGGUCUCGGAGCAGGGGUUGAUCGCAACUCCACUGUGUUGGCGCUUGCCGUAUCCGAAGAUUGGCUGUACGCCGGUGGCAACCUGACCGGGACUGUUGGCGAUUCCGUCUUGAACGGGCUUGUCGUGUAUGACCUCGAAAACGGAACUUAUGCGCAAAAGCAGCCGCUGCAAUUUACCGGAGAGGACGUUACCGUCAAUGCCAUUGCUCCACGUCCGGGAUCGAGUGAAGUCUAUGUCGGUGGUAACUUUGUCAAUGCCGGCGCUCUUCCUUGCGCGGCAGUGUGCAUGUACGACCCGUCUGAGUCUCAGUGGAACAGACUUGGAGCAAGCCUUGGCGGUAGCGCUAUAGCCCUCACUUGGAUGAAUAACCACAAGUUGAUGGCGGUCGGGGACUUGGUUGUCGAUGGUAAUCGUUCGGCUGUGGCCACAUACAACCAGAAAAAAUCAGAAUGGUCCGCUUUCGAUGGGGCGUCUUCCUCGGACAUCGAGGGAACCGUAACCGCCUUUUCUCCAGCCAGUAAAGACGUGUCUACCUUUUGGUUGGCAGGUCAAUCCAAAAACGGGUCCAGCUUCCUGGCCAACUAUGACGGAUCCGAGUUUCAAUUUACGGCCGACAUCUUUGAGCAAGGAACUUCUAUUCAGGGUCUUGAGGUUAUUCCCCUAUCAGAAAAGCACGACAGCGUCAAUCUGUUGAAUAAGGACUUGAUACUCCUGAUUACCGGACAACUGGUGAUCCCAGGCUUUGGCAAUGCGUCCGCAGCGCUUUUCAACGGAACUGUCCUCAGCCCGUUUAUCCUCACAACCGGGUCUGAUGGCCGACCGGGCAGCAUGUCCCAGAUCUUCUACGAAAAGACCAAUCCUUAUACCAGCGAAGGAAAACACCGUUCGAACGGCAUUGUUGUUUUAAUAUCGUUCUGCCUUGCGCUUGGCUGCGUUUUCCUCAUCGUCAUUGCCGGAGUCAUCUUCAAUAAGAUCCAGCGUCGCCGUCAAGGCUACAUGCAGGCCCCCCAAACGUACGGCACCGAUCGACCAUCGAACAUGACACGGCUGCCUCCCGAGUAUCUCUUCAAUACGUUGCAGCAACGCAACCCUGGCACGCCAGCAAUAUGAGCUUCGGUCUUUUUCCGUGACGACGCAGUUGGUUCAAUUUAAAAGAAUGAUCCAUUUCCUUUUCUUCUUUCUGUUUGAUACCUCUCAGAACGGCGUUCUUGGGAAGCACAUCAUCAUAUACCCUUAUUUAAUUCUUGAUCCCCUUUUUUCAUUUCACUUCUAUUUCUGCGCUUGCAUUUUGGCAUUCGGUUAAUUGACCGUUAAUUUCUCAGGAGAUAUACCAUAAUGGCUGGCUUCUUUUUUUGUCUUUUCUUUUCUUUUUUUCUUUCUGCUGCUCUUUCUGCUGUUUCUAUGCUCUUCCAUACAGUCCUUGAGUUGGCCAGGGACGUGUUGAUAUAUCCUUGCCCACAUCCGGUCCUUUGUCAGUGAAUCAUCUUGUUGAUUGUUUUCCCAUGUACCAUAGUCUCCGACCUGGGUGACACUGUUUACUUCAUCCUCUGAUGCUUUGUGCGGAGGAGGGUGGCGUUACCAGGUGGGCAUGUACAUAACCCGCGCGAGAUCGCGGUAAUGACAAUAAUGCAUGUUGUUAGUAACUAGAAAAGCGAUCCUCUGACGGAGCCAACUAGAGCUCCUGUGUAUCAUGUGUGUUAUACCAAGCGAUCCAAGCUUUGAGGAGAGCGCCACUUUAGGAAAUAAGAGGCCCAAAGCCUGAUUGUAACCCGGAACGGACAGACCAUCCGAAAUACUGGUGGAUCGGAUGCUUACUGGACUGGGCUGACUGACUCCGUACUCCGAAGAGACGCUGGAGACCUUCAACGACCCAACCCCAUCCAAGACUAAGUGGACCCCAUGGUAACAACGUCGCAGUUGUUAUUGUUGGGUGACCAGAAAGACCAUGAUUGGGUGGUAGGAGGCUGAGAUGAGUUACCUAAUUUAGAAAAGCCCGACAUGCGACGUCGCUAGCGUGGGAUGUGAUUCGGCCGGAUGCUCGCCACAGAUUAACUCUGAAGUCAUGUUUACGCCCCAGGAGCUUGAGCCUUGUGGGCUGUGUUCUUGUGUGAAGUGUUUCCUUGAUCGGGGUUUAUGUCUGGUG